UGUGAUCUCAUCAUGUCUAUGUACUACAGCUUGGCAGUGCUGGUGCUUGUGCUGACUUUGAAUCAAGAAUAUCAGAAGAAUUGGGGGCAGGGAUAAUUCAGGGGCAGCAAUUCCUCUUCUAACCAGUAGAGCAAAAAGGAAGUAAACUGAAAAUUUCAUGCAGGGAGAAUCAUUGGAGGCCACGAGGCUGCAGCACACAGCAGGCCAUACAUGGCACUUGUGGUGCGCAGUGAUUUAACCUCCUGUGGUGGAUUCCUCGUGAGUAAAGAUUUUGUACUGACUGCCGCCCACUGCAAAUCCAGUUCCUAUAAUGUCUGUGUUGGGAUGAAUAAGUACCAUGACCAAAAGAAGUCAUGUUUUUCUGUGGAGCAAGAUUUUCCACAUGAGAAAUACAAUAAUGAGACAUACGCAAAUGACAUCAUGCUACUGAAGUUGGCUACCAGGGCUGUUUUCAACGAGAAUGUGAAACCAAUUACUAUGGCAAACAAUUGUGAGAGCUCAGUGCCAAAAAUGUGUCUAGUAUCUGGAUGGGGAAAAACAAGCGAGGACGAAGAAUGGCAGUCUUCUAAACUCAUGGAAGUCAAUGUGACGCUCAUUGACAAUGAAAUUUGUGCAGAGGAAAAGGUGUACUGCUCUGAAGGAAAAAAGGGGCCGGGUCAGGGAGACUCUGGUGGUCCAUUGGUCUGUGAAGAUGGAAAGGCCUAUGGGGUGGUGUCUGCAAGCACUAAACCAUCCUCUGACAGCAUGGUUUAUAAGUACACAAAGAUACCUGACUACAGGAUGUGGAUUGAUGAGAUUAUGAAACUUUACUGAUCAGAUCUUGUUCUUCUGUUUUUCUGUAACAUAUGUCCGAAUUCCAGUUGAGUACAGUUUUGUGCGAUUAAAAAAAUAAGCAG